AUGCAAAAUCGUAUUUUAACAUUUGAGGAGCUUACCACGCUUUUAGCUCAGAUUGAGAGCUGUUUAAAUUCCAGACCCUUGUGCCCUCUUAACUCAGACUGUAAUGCGCUCACUCCAGCUCAUUUCCUGAUUGGAGAACCUACUCUUUACGUAUCUGAAGAAGAUUUACUGGAUGUCAACAUCGACCGAUUAAAUAGAUGGAAAACUGUUGAAAAGUUGAAGCAGCCUUUUUGGCGACGUUGGUCUAAAGAAUGGUUGUGUCGACUUCAAGCUAGGCCCAAGUGGCUCAAAAUAACACAAAACCCUAAAAUUGGUGAUUUAGUGGUCGCAUUUGAUGAAAGAGGUGCUCCUGAAGAAUGGCCGCUUGCUCGUAUCCAAGACAUCCAUCCCGGCAAGGACGGUUGUGUAAGGGUGGUGACUCUAUUUUCAAACGGAAAAAUGUUUAAACGGCCAAUUUCUAAAAUUUCCCUUUUGCCCUCAAAUGAUUGUUUUGAUGCCUUAGAGAACGGUUACAAUCCUAAAAAUAUUGCUGAUGAUGAUUCUUCCUCGGUUUAA